GUUUUUAAAUUUCGGCAGAAAUUAUAAUAUAUACACUAAAGUAAUUAUAAAAAAUGAAGGAAAUUUCAAAUACAUCGUUUAUACCAGACCUGCCAAAGGGUCCGCUAUGUGCUUAUCGCAAACGCGCUCCUUUCGAUUGGAAGAGUUUAAGACUUAUGUUUGAAGAGGAACAAACACUUAGAAUUAAGUAUAAAGUUUGGAAAACUUUGGAGAAUGAUCCAUUAUUUGCGAAAUUAAAAACAACGCGAACCACCGAUGAACAGAAAUAUAUUUGUGCUAUGCAAAUGAACCGUAUGGCACAUCUUAAUUUAGUUCCUAAGGAGUUUGAACAGCGUUCCUUUGGUGAGAAAACCAAAUAUUUAAUGGGCAUUAAUGAGGCACUACACUCGUACUGUCCGAGUCUAUCGGUGAAAAUUGCUCUUGGCGUAGGCUUAUUUAAUAAUGCAAUACGCGCUAUGGGCACAGAACGUCAUAUGAAAUAUUAUGAGGCUGCUUGGAAUCGUGAACUAGUGACAUGUUUGGCCAUAACUGAAAUGUCACAUGGUAGUAAUACAAAGAGUAUACGUACAACGGCUGUUUACGAUCCAAAAACACAAGAAUUUAUUAUAAAUUCACCCGAUUUUGAAGCUGCAAAAUGUUGGGUCGGCAAUCUGGGAAAGACUGCAACAAUUGCAAUGGCUUUCGCGAAUCUUUAUACAGCGGAUGGAGUUAAUCAUGGUCUACACGGUUUCCUGAUACCUAUACGUGAUCCAAAAACUCUAAUAUCAUAUCCUGGUGUGUUAGUUGGUGAUAUUGGAGAAAAAGUUGGUUUAAAUGGUAUUGAUAAUGGUUUUGUAAUGUUUACAAAUUAUCGUAUACCACGUGAGAAUCUUCUGAAUCGCACGGGUGAUGUGACGCCAGAAGGCGUUUACGAAAGUGUAUUUAGUGAGCCUGGCAAAGUUUUGGGAGCGGCAUUAGAAUCUUUUUCAGCUGGACGUAUUGGUAUAAUGCAGGAAUCUGUUAAUACAUUAUCAAAUGCUGCUGUUAUAUCAGUGCGUUACGCAGCAUUACGUAAGCAAUUUGGACCGGAGAGAAAUGGCCCAGAACUGCCUAUAAUUGAAUACCAAUUGCAUCAAUGGAGAAUAUUUCCAUAUUUAGCUGCAUCCUGUGUGCUUAAAGUAGCUGUAGUAGAGUUGACAAACACUUAUUUACGGAUCAUAGAACAAACACAAGCGGAUUCAAAUGGAUUUGAAACAUUGACUCAGCUGGUGUCGGAAAUACAUGCUGUGAUUUCUUCCCUUAAGCCAUUGAUAACUUGGACAGCGCGAGACGCUUUGCAAGAAGCACGUGAGGCUUGUGGCGGUCAUGGUUACUUAAAAGCUUCAAAGUUGGGUGAUUUGCGUAACGACCACGAUCCAAGUUGCACUUACGAAGGUGACAAUAAUGUAUUGGGACAGCAAGCAUCAAAUUGGUUGUUACGUCAAUGGAGCGAGUCCAGUGUGGGUUGUACAGAGCGUUUUAUUAUUAACCGUGUCGAAAUUUUAGGUUAUAAUUACGGGAAUGUACUAAAAAUGUGUCCUAUAGAUUCUUAUGAAUUUGUUCUACGUUGUUACGAAUGGAUGCUCUGCUAUUUAUUGGAUACAACCACAAAACGUGUGGCGCUUAGUGUCAAUAACGGUGUACAUCGUUUUGAGGCACGAAACAAUUCCCAAGUGUAUGGUGCACGUGAGCUUUCGCUGGCCUAUGCGGAAUAUUUUGCUUUAUGUAAAUACGUUAAACGUGUCCAACGUUCUGAUGUUGUCGGUACAUUAGCAAAUGUUAUGGAAUUACUUUUUGGUGUAUAUGCUAUGUGGUGUCUUGAUCGACAUUUGACUAUAUUUUAUGUUGGUGGUUUUGCGACGAAUUCUAAUUUCGCCGAAGAUGUGCGUGCACGUCUAUUACAAAAAUGUGCAGAACUCAAGGACUCGGCAGUUUCGGUGGCAGAUGCAUUGGCCCCACCAGACUUUGCUUUAGAUUCGGUUAUAGCCAAAUCUGACGGACUUUUGUAUGAGAAUUUACAAAACGAAUUUAUGACCAAUCAGGGCGCAUUUGAAAGACCCUCAUGGUGGAAAGAUAUUAUAAUACCACAAGUGAAAUCAAAGCUUUAAUUUUGUUUUAAGUACUCCUUUUCUUUAAGAAUUAAAAAUUCCUUUAUUUAUAAAAUAAAAUUUGUAAAAAAAACACAGUAUUGUAGUACUGUUAACUGGUAUUUAGUAACGAUGAUCAUUAUGAUAAUAAUAUUGUUAAUUAUAUUAAAAAGGACAAAUAAUAUAGAUAUUUGGGUGUUGUCAUAAUACGGAUACAAGCCACCGCAUUUUUAAAAAAAUGUUUUCUUAUUUUAAUCUUGUAGCACGAAAGGUAUUUAGAUCUUAGAUAAUUGCUGAUAUUGUAAUUUAUGUAAAACGUUUAUAAACAAGUAUGUCGGAUAAAGAGUUCAUUCAGAUACGCUUUCAAGAAAAAAAAUGUAAAGUUAUACAUACAUACAAACAUACAUACAUACAUAUAUUUUUCACGUGUCUUUUAUACAAAUUUACUUUAUGUUAAUUGUUAUAAACGUCUUUGGAAAGUUAUUAUCUUAUAUAUAUAUUUUCUCUGUUAUAUGUGAAGAAUAAUAAAAUGUUUAUAAUAAAAUUAUUGUAUUAU